UUUCGUACGUCUCACACGUACACCAUGCCAAUCUACCAAGCACCUAACUACAUGCAUACGAAAAUAAAAACAUGCGGAUACAAAUCAAUCAAGGCUAACAAUCCCCGUGCUUGUAUAUAUCUACACACACCUCAAUCUCCUCUCAUCUCACCCGAGACUUUACCUGGCUGGCUGGCUGCUUCUCCCGUCCCUAUCCAGUUCCAUCAAUCCACAGUUCUCGUGGGAACCCAAGGAUCGAUCCGGACAGAGACGUCCCGGCCGGUGCCGAGACAGCAAUCAACAAACAGAGCAGCACGACGCGACGUACGCGUUCAGCAGCGUCCCUUCGACCGGCCUCAUCCAACAAAUUAAGCUAGCGCGCGCUCGAUCGAUAUCGGGCGAGGUGACCGGGAGCUUUUGGGCUGUCCAUGCACGCCUUCGCCGUCCUGGCCACGCUCCUCUGCUCCGCGGUGACCUUCAUCCAGAGCCCCGCCGACGUCUUCGGCCCGGUGCGCCUCCACGAGCCGACCCCGUCCUCGGCGCGCGACUUCGGCGCCGUCGUCUCGCACGCGCCCUCCGCGAUCCUCCGCCCCGAGUCCCCCGCCGACAUCGCGCUCCUCCUCGCCACGCUAUCAUCGUCGUCGUCGUCGUCAGCCACGGGCCCGAGGGCGAGCGUGGCGGCGCGCGGCACGGGGCACUCGCUCCAGGGCCAGGCGCAGGCGCGCGGCGGCAUUGUGGUGGAGACGCGCUCGCUGCCGCGCGCCGUGAGCGUGCGUGGGGCGGACGGAGCAAGCGCGUACUACGCGGACGUGGGCGCCGGCGCGAUGUGGGCGGAGGUACUGGAGGAGUGCCUCAAGACCGGGCUGGCGCCGCUGUCCUGGACGGACUACCUGUACCUCACCGUGGGCGGGACGGUGUCCAAUGCCGGCAUCAGCGGCCAGGCGUUCAAGCACGGGCCGCAGAUCAGCAACGUCCUGCAACCGGAAGUCGUCACAGAGAAUGGGGAGGUCGUGACAUGCUCGCCCACAAGGAGCUCGGACCUUUUCUUCGCGGUUCUCGGUGGGCUAGGCCAGUUUGGUAUUAUCACCAGGGCAAGGAUUCUACUCCAACAUGCUCCUCCAAAGGUGAGAUGGGUGAGGGCCUUCUACGACAGCUUCGAUACGUUCGCCAGUGACCAAGAGCUUCUGGUGUCCAUGCCAGAGCAGGUGGACUACGUGGAGGGGUUCAUGGUUCUGAACGAGCACUCCAUCCCCAGCUCAUCCAUUGCCUUCCCUGCUCACAUCAAUUUCAGCCCAGACUUCGGCUCCAAGGGCAAUAAGAAGGUCUACUACUGCAUAGAGUUUAAGGUGCAUGACUUCCAGCAAGACGGCUCCAAUAGUGUAGACCAUGUUGUGGAGCUGGUCUCAGGAGAGCUGAGCUACAUGAGGGCCCACAUGUACAGUGUGGAGGUGUCCUACUUUGAUUUCCUGAACAGGGUGAGGAUGGAGGAAGAGAGCCUGAGGAGCCGGGGGCUUUGGGACGUGCCUCACCCCUGGCUCAACAUGUUCGUGCCAAAGCACGGCAUCACGCAGUUCAAGGACAUGCUCAUGGACACCGUCACGGCAGGAGACUUCGACGGGGCAAUCCUUGUCUACCCGCUCCUCACUGACAAGUGGGAUGGAAACACAUCGGCCGUCGUCCUGUCGACGCCGGACGGGGUGAUGUACGUCUUCAGCGUGCUCCGGUCCGCCGACCCGUCGCGGUGCGGCGGCCGGUGCGUCGAGGAGAUCCUGGAGCAGCAUCGGCGGGUGUCCGACGAGGCGGGCCGCGCAGGCGCCAAGCAGUACCUCGCCAGGCAGCCGUCGCAGGAGCAUUGGCGUGACCACUUCGGGUCCAGCUGGGACCGGUUCGCGGCCCGCAAGGCCCAAUUCGAUCCGAUGCACGUCCUUGGGCCGGGCCAAGGCAUUUUCCCGAGGACCGAUUCCGCGAGCUCGACGUGACAACGCCGCCACGAUCAGUGAGCUUUUGCUCGAUGUUUUUUCGGUCAAACUUUUGCUCGAUGCUCCUCGAGAAAAAAAAACAGUUUGUUGUGUGUUGGUCAACCACUCACAUAGGUAGCUGAGGAGUGAUGACAUCGGUUCGUAGACGCUUGUGACUCAAAACAAAAAUGUCAGGCCGAUUGGUAGAUGUAUUUAGGGAGAGUCAUUUGCUUCGUCUUUUUCAGAGUCCGCUUGUGUUUAGCUGGUUAGUAGUAGAAACGAAACGCCAGAAGGCAUGACAA